AGAGCGGUGUGUCUGUGCAGGCUGAGCGGUGGCCGACAUGGAAAGGCUGGUGGAACGGCUGGAGAAGGCUGUGGAGCGCCUGGAGGGGGUGUGCCAAGGACCUGCCRCGUGCGGAGCCGGCUCUUCCCAAGCGGCGCAGUACGUGCAGGCCUUUGACGCGCUGCUCGCUGGCCCCGCUGCUGCCUACGUCAGGAUCAGCAAAGAGAUCGGCGGGGAUGUGCAGACCCACGCUGAGAUGGUUCAUGCAGGCUUGCUGAGUGAGAGGUCUCUCUUGGUGCUAGCGUCCCAACAUCAGCAGCCAACAGAGAAUAAGUUCUCAACGCUUCUGAAACCRAUUUCAGAGCAAAUCCAGGUGGUGCAGAAUUUCAGGGAGAAGAACCGUGGUAGCAAAAUGUUCAAUCACUUAUCAGCUGUCAGCGAGAGCAUCCCAGCCCUGGGCUGGGUGGCCAUGGCCCCAAAGCCUGGCCCUUACGUGAAGGAAAUGACUGAUGCUGCCAUGUUUUAUACCAACMGGAUCCUUAAGGAGUACAAGGAUGUAGAUAAAAAGCACGUGGACUGGGUGAAAGCUUAUCUGAGUAUCUGGACGGAGCUGCAGGCCUAUAUCAAAGAGUAUCACACCACAGGGCUGACCUGGAGCAAAACGGGGCCGGUAGCAACAGAAGGGGCUAAUGCACCGCGCGCUCCCCCCGGGGGAGCUGCGCCUGCCCCCCCGGGCCCUCCGCCGCCGCCUGCUCCGGCGCCCGCGUGCUCCGGCGCCGACUCGGCCACGUCGCGCUCGGCGCUGUUCGCGCAGAUCAACCGGGGAGAGGACAUCACCUCCGGCCUGAGACAUGUUUCAGAUGACAUGAAGACCCACAAAAAUCCCGCACUGAAGAACCAGGGGGGUCCUGUGCGAAGCGGACCCAAACCCUUCACUGCUCCCAAACCAGCAUGUAGUGGCAACCCCACCACAAAAACCACCUCUCCAAAGAAGGAACCUCCAUUGCUAGAGUUGGAGGGCAAGAAGUGGAGAGUGGAAAACCAUGAGAAUGCCUCUAACCUGGUGAUCAGUGACACAGAGUUGAAGCAAGUAGCRUAUGUUUUUAAGUGCAUCAAUAGCACACUCCAAGUCAAAGGCAAGAUCAACUCCAUCACCAUCGAUAACUGUAAGAAGCUAGGCUUGGUGUUUGAUGACGUGGUGGGCAUCGUGGAGAUCAUAAACAGCAGGGACAUUAAAGUUCAGGUCAUGGGGAAAGUGCCAACGAUUUCCAUCAACAAGACAGACGGUUGCCACGUUUAUCUGAGCAAGAGCUCCCUAGACUGCGAAAUCGUCAGUGCCAAGUCGUCGGAGAUGAAUGUCCUUAUUCCCACGGAGGGUGGUGACUUUACUGAACUGCCUGUCCCAGAACAGUUCAAGACAGUGUGGAACGGUCAGAAGUUGGUUACCACUGUGACAGAAAUUGCUGGCUAAGCAGACAAGCUCCAAGGCUCGUGCCCUUCCCUGGCCCUGCUGUGGGACAAAUCUGCUUUCAGAUGAUUCUCUUAGAUUUCCUGUACCUUUCUGCUCUCAAACUGCUUCUCUUCUUCCCAAGAGACACAGCUACCUGCCGACACUGAAAUACCUCUGGCUGGGAUUUGGUGUUGGUGGCGGGUCAGUCGUCAUCCCCAUCUACUAGCAGGAAGGUGUAUUUUUUUUUCUCCCCCUGUCCAGUCUAACUGCACCAAUUGAUCAUGUCAGAUUUGGGGUGAACUUCUCAGCCAGUAUUGGCAGUUGGCUUUCA